GUGCCAACAUGCAAAUCUGCUUCAAGAAAAUAUGUGCCCGCUAAAGGCAAAUUAGUGGACAAGGUUCGAAAUCUCCUGUACAUAUCAGGAGAAAAGUGCAGGGGCUUAAACCCACUUGCUCUAAUAGGGAUUCGGAUACAGAUGUAGUCUGUGGAAAAUAAUCAAGGGACUGCUUCAAAUGACCACGCUAUUUGGCUGAAAUAUAACAAUGAGCUAUGGGACCAAGUUUGUGAAAGGUGGAAUAACACCUUUGAAUUAAGACACAAACAAAAAUUUGAAACUGUACAUGAUUUUCUUGAAACCUGGGCCAUUUGAAAAGACAGCAAAGUAGAUACUCUGCAAUGACAACGACGCCAAAAAACGAGCGAAAAGAAAAAGAGCACACAAGCAGAUCACAUUCAGCCAUUAGCAUUUAGUUUGUUGGAUGACAACUUGAAAAUGUUCAAAUUCAAAUGGGAUUCAAGUUCAACCCAGGACCUUGUACUUCAUAGGCAGAGUCACUACCCACGAAGAAAGAUACAGAGGCCGUUAAAACACAAAAUAAUUCCGGUGCGGAUUUACCUGCUAUAUUUUUUAAUACCACCCAAAGGCCGAAAAUCUAGGAAAGUCAAGUUCUCAACCACUGAAUCAAUCCAGGGCUUAUUAGUUCAGAUAGAUGACGCCGGAGAUAUCGACAGCGUAAUCGCAGCCCAGAAAGCUAAGGCUGCAGCCCGGAAGGAUACCGUGCAACCCUUCGUGCUCAUACAAAGACCGCUACAAAACUUCGCCCAGAUAUACAUCGUUAUUCAUGAUAUCAAAUACCACGUGCAUUCAGCUGCAAAGGCGUUCGACUUAUUGUUUAAGAUUUACCACGUUUUCCACGCCAAGUAUCCCCAAGUGUGUGAGCACCUCCACGUAAUUAUUCAAAAAAAGUGUAUCAAAUCCAUACGGCGUAUGAUACAGUAGGUACCACCGUAUAUAGUUGACGUUUUAAACUUAGAUGUGUAAAAUUUGGUCUUUGUAUUUUUAUUAAUAGUAUAGGAUCCGUACUAAGCUCGAUCUUCACCAACGUGUUA